GGCAACCCAUUUCAAUGGAGCUUCAAGAUGAGAAGCCAGUUGUGCUAAUCACAGGGUGUUCUCAGGGAGGAAUAGGCCAUGCAUUGGCUCGUGAGUUUGCUUCAAAAGGUUGCCAUGUUGUGGCCACAAGUAGGUCAAAAAGAACCAUGCAAGAUCUUGAACAAGAUCCCAGGUUCUUUGUGCAAGAACUUGAUGUUGUUUCAGAUGAAAGUGUGAAGAAUUGUGUGGAAAAUGUUGUUGAAAAAUUUGGAAGAAUUGAUGUUUUGGUUAACAAUGCUGGAGUUCCAUGUAUUGGCCCUCUGGCUGAGCUUCCAUUAUCAGCAAUGGAGCAAAGUUUCAACACCAAUAUUUAUGGUCCCAUAAGGAUGGUUCAAGCUGUUGUUCCCCACAUGGCAUCUAGGAAGAAGGGAAAGAUUGUAAAUGUGGGAAGUGUUACCGCAUACAUCCCUGCACCGUGGGCUGGUGUUUACGCUGCAAGUAAAUGUGCUCUUCAUUCACUCACUGAUACCUUGAGAUUGGAACUACAUCAUUUUGGCAUCAACGUCAUCAACGUUGUCCCUGGGACUAUAAGGUCCAAUAUAGGAAAGUCUUCCCUUUCCAGCUACAACCAAAGGUCUGAAUGGAAGCUAUACAAGCCAUUUGAAGAAAUUAUCAGAGAGAUGGCAUAUUUUUAUCAAACACUAAAACCGAUCUCUGCAGAAGUGUUUGCGAAGGAUACGGUGGUGGCGGUGAUGAAGAAGAACCCCCCAGCUUGGUUCUCCACUGGUACUUACUCCACCAUCAUGGCAAUCUUAUACCAUAUGCCCGUCUUUGUUAAAGAUUUUAUUAUAAAGAAACUAGUGAAAUGUUGAGUUCAUUGUUGCUUAGGUCCAUGUGUUUGUUCUUGAAAGCAUACAAGAUGACACUCGGUUGAUACAGUCUUAUCACCAUACCACCUUAUUUUGCUAAUAUGAUAAAACUGU